AUGCCAGGGGAAGAAUCCCCAGCCCUGAAGCCUCAAUCUCAGGAGGCAUCAACUCCUUUCAUCCCUCCUCCACCACCAAAUCCACCAUCAUCUACCUCUCAAAUCCCAGUGCUGGUCACUGGGUCUGGGUCUCUUGGCCCGGUCAUUAACACCUAUGGCCAGGGUUGUUCGACGAGAAUCAACACCGUGAUAUACGCUGAUGAUCCUCGUCAAUUCUACUCCGUGGAUGUGCCGGAGGUCUGCGCCUUUUUCAAAGACAACAUCGCACCUAAAAAGGAUGACACAUCUCUGUUUGUCUCUCUCUUCGAUCAAAUUCAGGCUUCAAAGGAGCGGAUAGCCAAUGAGUGGGAGUUUCUCUGCAAGCUGACUGGGAAUCGGAACACGCCUUCGAACAGAGUGGACGUUCCAGAGAACCUUGAAAAGGACGGUUGUGAUAUCCACAUGAAGAUGGCAUGCCCAAAGCGGCCAGGUACUGAGGACUCAAAGCGACUCACCAAAAAGCCCCGAGCUGCUUACGGUUCCAAGCCUGAAGGGGCACCGGCUUCCAUUGUUCAGAGCAGUACCGGGGCACUGAAGGGGGCAUUCUACGUUAUCUAG